GAUUUUCUGUAAGACAGGAGGAGGCUUGGAGCCUACAGUUCUGCGGGUGGUGUAUUCCUUUCUUAUAGACUUACUGGCUACAGAAUGAGUCAAGGGGACACAAACUUUGCAGCUGUCCCUCUUGCUGCAGAGGACUUACAGGGAGAUGACCGCUGGCUGUCACAGCACAACAGAUUUGUCCUGGACUGCAAGGAUAAGGAGCCAGAUGUUCUGUUUGUAGGUGACUCUCUGGUGCAGCUAUUGCAGCAAUAUGAGAUCUGGAGGGAGCUUUUUUUGCCACUCCAUGCAUUGAAUUUCGGUAUUGGAGGAGACACAACCCGGCAUGUCUUGUGGAGGCUUCAGAAUGGUGAACUAGAGAAUAUCCGGCCAAAGGUCAUUGUUUUAUGGGUUGGGACCAAUAAUCAUGAGAACUCAGCUGACGAAGUGGCUGGAGGAGUGGAGGCCAUUAUAAAACUCAUUAACACACUGCAGCCACAAGCCAAGAUUAUUGUCAUGGCUUUGCUACCACGUGGAGAGAAGCCAAACCCACUACGUGAGAAGAAUGCUCGUGUGAAUCAGAUCAUACGCUCAUGGUUGCCUCGUUUGCCAGGAGUACAGCUUUUAGAUGUGGACAAUGGCUUUGUGCACUCGGAUGGCAGCAUCUCCCGGCAUGACAUGUUUGAUUUCCUCCAUCUAACUGCAGCCGGGUAUGCAAAGGUCUGCAGACCACUCCAUGAACUAAUCAUGCAGCUUCUCGAGGAAACCCCAGAGGAAAAGCUGGUCACCUUGGCCUGACCCCCUGCUUUAUCUUCUUCUUCGUUGUCAGUUUUACAUCAUUGGCUGCCCCUCAUGCUAAAUUCAACUGCAUCAGCUGUAUAUUGAUUUGUGCAGUGUGUAUACACAAGACUUUCAUUCACCCGUUACACAUCUUCCUGUAAAUCCCCUUUAAUGUCUAUCUUUGCUAAUGGCAGUACAAAGGAUGUCCCCUCUGUAGACCCUGAUGUGUAAUGUGGAGUCCAGGUUUCACAGAAGAGGCAACAACAUGAUAAUUUAUUGAUAAUGAAGGGUAUUGUGUAAAACCAACAAAGUUUGUGGUUUACCAUGCCAGAGUAAACAGUCAUAAAACCAGUAGAAAGGCAUGUAAAAUAAUUAUAUUAUAGAUUCUCUAAAAUUGUUUACAUUAUGAGAUCACUAAAGCAUCUGCCAGUCUUACUUUUUUAACAGUGAGACUGUCAAAUGCAUCUCUGACUAUUAAACAGGGUUGAUUUUUGUUUUUGCAAGCACUGAGUAGAUAAUGGUGUGCGUGUAUUUGACUUCUGUGCUUCUUAAAACACACUGGCAUAAAAAGGGUUACACAUAAACAUUCUACUUUAAUAUGGAAAUAGGCAGCCCUUUUUAUGCCAGAAUAGUUCUGCCACAUGGCAAACCCUUGUAAUUUGUUUUAUAUGAUAUGAUGUCCUGUGUCUGUUUUAACCUUGUGCAGGGCCAACUCGGGCUGGAAUUUUGUUUGUGUAUAUAUUUUGCUUGUAUGAUUUCUGUGUUUGAGAAUGUCUGGCCUGUCCAAGGGACCAACAGUUCCAUGUAUCAGCACAUAAAGAAGCAGACUUAUAAAAACUGUGGAAUUAUCUCAUGGUAUAGAUUGUUACAAACUCAGCUGAAAAAUGCAUUGCAUUAUACUUUUCUAAAAAAGAGAAGUGAAGCAUAAUAUAGGAUGGAAUAAAUAUUAUUUGAAGACACCCCUUCCGUUAUUGCAACUAUUAAAUAUAAAUAGAGUAUAGGACAGCGAUUGUCAAACUUUUCAGCUCAAGUCCCCCUUGAACCAACCUUUGGUCUGGGCCCCACUUUGCUAAAGAUUACCCAUAAUUUCAAGAAUAUCUACAACUUUAUAAAUUCUUGACCUACAUUUCUAAAGGGCACAUUUACUAUUGGUCGAAUAUCGAGGGUUAAUUAACAUUCGACCGUCAAAGUAAAAUCCUUCGAAUAUUGAAGUCGAAGAAUUUACCGCAUUUAGUACGAUCGAAGGAAAAAUCGUUAGAUUAAAUCCUUUGUAUCGAACGAUUUGAAGGAUUUUAAUCCAUCGAUCAAACGAUUUUCCUUCAAUCCCAAAUUGGUAGGAAAGCCUAUGGGGACCUUCCCCAUAGGCUAACAUUAGUGCUUGGUAGGUUUUAGGUGGCGAAGUAGGUGAUUGAAGUUUUUUUAAAGAGAAAGUACUUCGGCUAUCGAAUGGUCGAAUAGUCAAAUGAUUUUUAGUUCGAAUCGUUCGAUUCUAAGUCGUGGUCGAAGUAGCCAAAUAAAUACUUCCAAAUUCGAAGUAUUUUUUAUUCUAUUCCUUCAUUCGAGCUAAGUAAAAAAAAAAAGUAGGCUCUUGCCCGUCUAUGAGAAAAUGAGCAUUCUCCGUAAGUCUUACCCUAACUGCCAUCCAGGCUGAGCCCUCCAGAGGAAGCGGCUCAACAGAUUGGGAACGGGCACAUGUAUUUAUAAAGUCACUUAUGUUUGAAUGCAAGCUUUCUUUUUGACACAUAAUUGAAUUGUGGCUGAAUAUUCUAAAUUUAGCCGUCAGUUUGGGAGAUUUUUGCGUAAUUGUUUGUCCCUUAGCUACUUACUGUGGGACUGAACAUCCUGCGGUCCAAAUGAUGACAGGUGCUCUGGACUGAAAAUGCAGUAAGCUGAUCAUUCCAAGUGAUUUUGUGCAGAGCUUUUGUCAACCAACUGAAAAUGAUUGGUUGCACCCCCUUCCAUUUGCUGUCUUCUUAGUCAAGACUGUAGUUCAAUUGUUUGGAAUAAAGACUAACAUUUUGACCAGCUUUAGGAAGCAGCAUUAUUCUCGGCUGGUUUCUGGCGGUUAACAAAAUUUAGUCUACAUAAAAGGAAUGUAGACACUAUGGUUGAUACUAAGAAAAAUCAGUGGUGUAAAUUGGCCAGCAUGCAUAUAUGGGCAUUUUUGAAUAAAGUAUUUAACUAGGUUCUACUCUAUAUGGAAACCUCUGUAAUUGUUAAAGGGGUGCUCCAUCUAAAAACUUUUUUGUAGAAAAUGUAAUUCUAAGCAACUUUCCAAUAUACAUUAAUUACACAAUAUCAAUGGUUUCAAUGUUAUAUAUCCAUGUAAUUUGCUGUUAAAGGCGAUGUAGGUCUGAUUGUACUUCUGGCUGAAACAAUGUUUCAAACCAGACCUGGAGGUGAACUGACCUUGUAACCAUUGUUCCUGGAGGCAAAGCCAGAGAAUAGGAUGGGUUAAACAAAUAUGUUUUUUAUUUGCAGUUUCAUUUACAAAUAUGUAUUGGAAAGUUGUUUAGAAUUGCAUUUCUUUAUUUAAAAAUAAACAAACAGUUUUUGGUUAAAAUAUGCCUUUAAUGAAGUUAGCAUCUGUGUUCCCUUACAAAUACUUUGUAUUUUUAAACAAUAUAUAAAAAAGCAAACAUAUAGGGCAGCAAAUGUAUCCGUACAUUUUUUUAAGUUGCGUAGGCAUGUUGCCCUUUAACACCAAAUACACUACCUGGCUUGAAUAUCCUAUGGCAGCACAGUUCUCUUAUUAGCAUCAUGCCAUUGUGUUCUUAAUGAAAUUAAAAUGUGACUACUGCUAAGGCAUCUUUCUUCAAAAGGGACACGGUUUGUAAUUAGAAUUUGGGGAGGAUGGGUUUCCUGUACUGUUUGAAUUCAUCUAUCUGUGUUUUUGCUCUGUAUAGCUUACAGUCUUCUUUUAUCCCUGAGCUUUCAUUUCUGUGUAUGGCCUAUGAAAUGAUCCACCCUCUAUUAUUGUGACAGAUGUGUAUGGAGCGGCAUUAUAAAUUCGUAUUUGAAUGUU